AAUACCUGGAAUAUGAAAAUAUUAAAACCUUUAAUUUCAAAGAUUUUGAAGAAUAACAACCCAUGGUGUCAUUUUUGAUCCCACUUAUGCAUCUAAGGGUUAAAAGAAAUGAUUAUUUGUCACAAUGUCAUGGAAAAUGUUGCUGGGUGGGAUCAUACACUGUCCUCCAGUAGUAAAUGCCAUCAGGAAUUUUAAUUGGCCUUAAUUGCUCUUCGCUUCCUCCCAAAAAGAACAUUCACUCCGACAGCUCAGACGGCUUCAAACAUCUGUAGUUCAGGCAGGACAUAGAGGUAAGUCCCAGUAAUUUUAUCACAUGUAUGUAUAUAUAUAUACACACUCAUGUAUGUUCUGAAUAAAACUCAUCAUGCUUUUUGUUCCACAUUAGACUGGGAACAAUGGAGGUGAAGGUGUCUGUGGACGGUGUCCCACGUGUGGUCUGUGGAGUUACAGAGGAAACAACAUGUCAAGAAGUGGUUGUAGCGUUGGCUCAAGCACUGGGUCAGCCUGGUCGCUACUUGUUACGGGAGAAAUUCAAAGAGUUUGAGCGGUGCAUGACGCCGAGCGAGCGACUGCUGGAGACUCUCGAGAAGUACGGAGAACAAGCCAGGGAGGUUCAGCUCACCCUGCUCCUCAGUGGACCCCCCGUCUUGGAUGAGAUGAGCAGAACCAACGUUGGCAGGUACCAGCCUUGUCCACCACUGAGAAGGAAAGACGCAGGAGCUAGGAUGCGGCGUGGCAGUGGUUCACUGAGUUUGCAUCGCCAAAGCUUGCCACCGUUGCCUUGUUUGAGGCACGAAGCGGAGCAGCAGCCAAAAGAGGACAUAAAGAGACCGAAGAGAAAGUCUCUGACGCUCAUGGAAGAGGCCUGGGAAUGGCUGGAGAAUCUGGGGAAAGGAAAGGUCUACAGUACAGCAUGUGAUAAAGACAGUAGCAAGAAGUCGGAUAAAAAGAACCGCACUUCAUUAAAUGUUUUGCUCACUCCCGACAAAGAAAACUUGGGUAGCAGAAGCAAAGUCAGAGGUCAGAAAGGUUUAAUGUCGGACUUGGACCAUCAAACAUCCUGCUGCAUUGGAAGUCAGACGAAAGGUAAAGCAAGCAAACACGGCAAGAAAAGACAAGAGGCAAAAUCUUAUGACCGGAACAGUUUAAGCAGUGCGAUCAUUGACGAUGAGAGAAACCGUCUAAAAGAAACGGUUAUAAGUCAGCUCGGCAGUUUGCAGGAUUUAGAAGCCCAUAUAGCACGUGUAGACAAACAGAUUCUUGAGCUUGAGGAAAAGCAGAGGGCCAGAAGGGCUGAGCAGGAAGCCCAGCAGAGAAUGGCUGAACAGGAGAUUGAGCAGAUCAUGUUUUGGGAAAAUGAAUUAAAGGCAGAAGAACGUCAUGAGAAAGACUUGCAAGGUCAGUUCCUUCAGAUUAAGGCGAAAACUGUCGAGUGCAAGGCCAUGCUGCAGGAGCACAAGGACAAAAUAAAGGGGCUUCAUUUUUUUGGCCCUCAAAAUGUCGUGGCAAAAAAAGAGGAUUUAGAAAAGGUUGGUGCAAAUGCUACCACCGAGGUUUCAGCUAAAGAUGCAAAUCAGCAGCCAUCUGAUCGAGACAGGGGUGUAAAUGUUAACAGGAAGUUCCUGCACAGAGACGCCUCCAACUCUCCUCAUGCUCUCGUUUCUCCCAGCCACAUUAAGGAGCGGCGGCCCACGGGACCCACAGAGCUCCGAGAGUGGUGGAAGCGCUGGUCUGAGGCCCGAAACACUCAAUUACAGGCUAAACAGCCGAUUCACCGCUCUGAACUUACUAUAUAUUUGGGCAGCACGAAAGAUGAGAAUAAAGGAAUGAGGACGAAAAUGAAGGAGAACAUUUAACUGCGAUAAAGUGAAGGUGGACUUUAUUCUGUGAUGGAAGGCUUUGGACUGCUGUGCUGAGGAGUCACCAGGAGGAACUGAGGAUCUUUGAACAUUGAGGGUUUCUCAAAUCCAGUAGUUGUUUUCUUUAGUUUGCCCCCUAGUGACUACAUGAGGUACAAGCUAGAAAUCAGACACUGUCUAGUUCCUCCACAUUUUAAAAUAUACUUUAAUAAAAAUGCAUCUAUAGCAUAAUUUACUACUUUCAAAUACACCUUUGAUAUUUACAUUUUCAUUCUUGUAAAAGUGCACAUGUCAGAACUUUGCUAUGGGACACUACAUGUGUGUGAAGAAGGGGAAAACAAAUUAAUGUUUCUACGGAACCAAAUAACUCAUAACAGUAAAUGUGCUUAUAAAAACAAUUAACUUCAUUGGUCACAAUGGUGUUUUUCCUACUGCAAAGUGUGCAGUGAAAACA